AUGGCGCCCAAGAAGGAUGGAGAGGAUGGGGCUGGCAGCGCUGCCAACAACAACAACAACACCAAGACCAAGAGGUCAAGAUGGGCCACUCGGAAGAUGACGGUCAAGAGUAGUAGUCUGAAGCGGCUCUCUCUGAUCCACAGGCACAACAAGAACAAUUCGAUGGCCAUGGAAAAGAAGAGGGCAUCGGGCGGCUCCGAGUCGCUGCGGCAGGAUCACCAGGGAGACGAGGACCAAGAAGACGACUCAAAGAGCGAAUCCUCAGAUAGCGAGGCCGCCGGACCGCGGAAGCUCUUCUUCAACCUGCCAUUACCGGCUGAAUUCGUCGACGAGAACGGUCAUCCCACAACACACUACACCAGGAAUAAGAUCAGGACGGCCAAGUAUACGCCCUUGUCCUUCGUUCCCAAGAAUUUGUGGUUCCAAUUCCAUAAUAUUGCCAACAUCUUCUUCCUUUUCCUAGUCAUUCUUAAUAUCUUCCCUAUAUUUGGUGGCGUCAACCCCGGCCUGAACGCCGUGCCUAUAAUUGUUAUUAUUGUGAUCACGUCGAUCAAGGAUGCAAUCGAGGACUAUCGACGAACAAAUCUUGAUGACGUGUUGAAUAAUGCCCCAGUCCACCGGCUGGUAGACUGGAAUAACGUCAAUGUUCAGGAGGACGACGUCUCGGCGUGGAGGAAGUUCAAGAAGGCCUGUUCCAGAUUCUUUGGCGGGAUUUGGCGUUCGAUCGAAAGUUUGUGGAAGAAGGACGCCAAGUCCAACCGACGCGGCGGUAGCGAUGAUGAACCCCGUCCCUCAAUCGAGACGAGGAUCACGCACCGUGAAUCCAUUGUCUCCCCACGAUCCGACCGACAAUCGUUUGUAUCUGCGCACGAGGACAUCCAGAUGAGCCCCAUGCCAUCCCCACUGCCGCGCGCGGGUUCACGGCAAGAUCAUUUGGCCGCGCCCCAACAUGACCGUCCGGUAUCUGGGUUCUCUUUCCAAGGCAAUGAGUCUGAUUUGCGCAAUAUCAAAGGCGAUGUGAUCAAUCACGACAUCCCCGUCCAAGGUAAGGCCCGUUUCCACCGAGAUGCCUGGAAGAACCUCCAGGUCGGUGACUUUGUGCGACUUUACGAAGACGACGAGUUGCCGGCAGAUGUUGUAAUCCUGUCAACAUCCGAUCCUGAUGGAGCUUGCUACGUUGAGACCAAGAAUCUGGAUGGCGAAACCAAUCUCAAGGUCCGCCAGGCCCUAAGAUGCGGCAAAAAUGUCAAGCAUGCGAGAGACUGUGAGAGAGCACAAUUCUAUAUCGACAGCGAGCCGCCGCAAACCAACCUCUACAAGUACAGUGGCGCCAUCAUGUGGCAACAGCGUAUUUCAGACAAUCCUGACGUUGAGCCAAUUGAGAUGUCUGAGCCCAUUACUAUCGACAACAUGCUGUUGCGAGGAUGCAACUUGCGAAACACUGAAUGGGUUCUCGGCGUGGUUGUUUUCACAGGACACGACACCAAAAUCAUGAUGAAUGCUGGCAUUACCCCUAGCAAACGUCCGCGCAUUGCAAGGGAGUUGAACUUCAACGUCGUCUGCAACUUCUUAUUUCUGAUCGUAAUGUGCCUCAUUGCGGCGAUCGCUUGCGGUGUUGCUUGGGCGCAUACAGACACAUCCCUGUACUUCUUCGACUUUGGAAUGAUUGGAGGGUCACCACCAGUCAGCGGUUUCAUCGCUUUCUGGGGAGCUGUGAUUCUAUUCCAGAACUUGAUUCCUAUCUCACUCUAUAUCUCGCUCGAAAUCGUGAGAACGCUGCAGGCUAUCUUCAUCUACAGCGAUGUUGAGAUGUACGACGAGAAGAUCGAUCAGCCGUGUAUUCCAAAGUCUUGGAACGUUUCGGAUGAUGUCGGACAGAUCGAGUACAUUUUCUCUGAUAAGACUGGAACACUCACUCAAAACGUGAUGGAGUUCAAGAAAGCUACUAUCAACGGUCAACCAUACGGUGAAGCAUAUACUGAGGCGCAGGCAGGCAUGCAGAAGCGACUUGGUAUUGAUACGGACAAGGAGGCAGAAAAGAUCAGGACCGAGAUUGCGGCUGCCAAGAUCCGGGCCAUCCAAAGUCUGCGUCAACUGCAUAACAAUCAGUAUCUACACGACGAUGACAUGACCUUCAUCGCUCCUGACUUCGUUGAAGACCUCUCUGGUAGACAUGGCGAGGAACAGCAGAAGGCAAACGAGCGAUUCAUGUUGGCUUUGGCUCUGUGCCACACUGUCAUUGCUGAUUUAGAGCCGGGUGAUCCACCAAAGAUGACUUUCAAAGCACAGUCUCCUGAUGAGGCGGCUCUCGUGGCGACAGCACGAGAUAUGGGCUUUACUGUCCUAGGUCAUACUGGUGACGGCAUCAACUUGAACGUCAUGGGCGAAGAACGUCACUACCCUAUACUCAACACGAUCGAAUUCAAUUCCUCUCGGAAGCGGAUGAGCGCCAUUGUGAGAAUGCCCGACGGCAAGAUAAUUCUCUUCUGCAAGGGUGCGGACAGCAUCAUCUACUCACGGCUGAAGAGAGGUGAACAGCGCGAGCUGCGCAAAGAGACCGCAGACCAUCUAGAAAUGUUCGCCCGUGAAGGUCUGCGAACGCUGUGCAUUGCUGAAAAGGAACUGAGCGAAGAGGAAUACUUUGCAUGGCGCAAACAGCAUGACGCUGCUGCUACCGCUCUUGAGGAUCGUGAGGAGAAGCUCGAGGCAGUUGCCGAUAUCAUUGAGCAAGACUUGACCCUUCUCGGCGGUACAGCUAUCGAAGAUCGACUGCAAGAUGGUGUGCCAGACACCAUUGCCCUACUUGGGGAGGCGGGUAUCAAGCUUUGGGUUCUGACCGGCGACAAGGUGGAGACGGCUAUCAACAUUGGAUUCUCAUGCAACCUACUUAAUAACGACAUGGAACUUAUCCGCAUCCAGACUGAGGAGGACGAGUCCGGCGAAAAGACUGAUGACGAAUACUUGAAAGAGAUCGAGAUGGCCCUCGAUGAGCACAUGCGAAGUUUUGGCAUCACUGGCAGCGACGAGGAGCUGAAGAAGGCAAUGAAGGAGCACGAGCCACCCGCGCCCACACAUGCUCUUAUCAUCGAUGGCUUUACGCUCAGCUGGGUCCUUACCGAUGCCUUGAAGCAGAAGUUCUUGCUUCUGUGCAAGCAAUGCAAGUCUGUUCUCUGCUGCCGUGUGAGUCCAGCCCAAAAGGCUGCUGUCGUCUCCAUGGUCAAGAACGGUCUGGAUGUUAUGACCUUGUCCAUUGGUGAUGGUGCGAAUGACGUCGCCAUGAUUCAGGAAGCUGAUAUCGGAGUCGGUAUCGCUGGUGUUGAGGGUCGGCAAGCUGUCAUGUCCUCAGAUUACGCCAUCGGUCAAUUCCGCUUCUUGCAGAGGCUUGUUAUUGUUCAUGGCCGUUGGUCUUACCGACGUCUGGCCGAGACAAUCAGCAACUUCUUCUACAAGAACAUGAUUUGGACGUUCUCCAUCUUCUGGUUUCAAAUCUUCUGCAACUUCGACAUGACCUACAUCUUCGACUACACAUACAUCCUCAUGUUCAACUUGUUCUUCACUUCCGUCCCGGUUAUUCUAAUGGGUGUGUUGGAUCAAGACGUCUCGGACACGGUUGCUCUGGCAGCGCCUCAGCUCUACCGAAGAGGCAUUGAACGGCUUGAGUGGACCCAAACCAAGUUCUGGCUCUACAUGCUAGACGGUGUCUAUCAAUCCGUCAUGUGCUUCUUCAUUCCAUAUCUCACCGUCAUUGGCAGCGUUAUGAUCACUGAGAAUGGCCUAAACAUUGAAGAUCGUGUGCGAUUGGGUUGCUACAUCAUGCACCCUGCUGUCCUUACCAUCAACCUUUACAUCCUCAUUAACACGUAUCGAUGGGACUGGAUUAUGCUGCUCUGUGUCGUACUCAGCGAUAUGUUCAUCUUCUUCUGGACCGGCGUGUACACUUCCACCACGUACGCGGGCUACUUUUACAAGGCGGCACCGCAAUUGUAUGGUGAAGCUUCGUUCUGGGCCGUCUUCAUUAUUACCCCAGUCAUCUGCAUCUUCCCCCGCUUCGCUAUCAAGGCAUUGCAGAAGGUCUACUUCCCAUAUGACGUCGAUAUCAUUCGCGAGCAGGUCCAAAUGGGCAUGUUCAAGGAUGGUGCCAAACCGGAUGAGACCCUCAAUGGCACUUCCUCUGGCUCUAGUGACACCUCGAGGAAAGGGAAGCAUGCGCAAUAUGCUAGCGUGGAUGAAGAUCGCCGACCUAUCUACCCUCCGUCAGUUGCGACACAUAACACCCGCACUCAGAACGGCAGCGACGGAACGAACUACACCCACCAUCGCGAUUCAAUCGAUGGCCCGCCUGCGCGCCCUUCGAUAGACCGAGCCCGACCGUCAUUUGACCGCAUGAGGGCGUCAAUGGACAGAGUACGUCAAAGCUACGAGGCUACAAACGAGUUCACAUCGGCGGCACGUCUGAGCAGGAUAGAGUCCUCUCAUUCCGGCCAGCAUGCCCGUGCUCAGAACAGCAGCCGUUUCCAUCCCGGACGUCUUCGAGGACUGUCCAUCAUCUCCGCCAAGAGCAGGAAGGACAGCGGCCAAUAA